GUAAACAUUAUGCUCAAAGAAAAGGCGCGAUAGGUGUAAGUGGUUGUCAAGAGCUUGCUGAUUACUUUUGUUAGAACAGAGUAUACAUAUUUCAUUUGAAAUUCGAAUUAAUUAGGAGGACUGUCAGAAUUUUCAUUUUCAAAUAUGAGCUCUGAUGAUAGUGAUUGCAGUGAAGAUAUUCCAGAAGUAGCAGAGUGUCAAAGGUUAUGUGAAAAAUUUGCAGAAAUUACAGAAACUGAUGAAGCUUGUGCUCAGUUUUACUUGCAAGACCGCAAGUGGAAUUUAGAGCAAUCUGUGCAUGACUUUUUUGAAGAUAGAAAUAAUAAAGGUGCUGUACGAGUAAAUGAUAAAAAGGAAGCUCAAGUUGUUGUAGUAGUAGAUGGUAGCAAUGAAAGAUUGGCUGCUGCUGCAACAGCUGUGCUAGCAGAAUCGGCUCUUUGUCGUAGUGCUGGAAAUUCUUCACAGAAAAGAGCAUAUUCAACUACUGCAAAGGAAUUAAAUUCCAGUACAAAAAAAACAAAGCCUGUUUUGAAGUUUAUUACUUGGAAUAUUGAUGGCUUAAAUGAGAAGAAUUUGAUACUUCGUACUAAAGCUGUUUGCAAAACAAUUAUGAAUGAACAAGCAGAUAUAGUAUUUUUACAAGAGAUUGUUCCUGAAUCUGCUGAAUAUUUUUUAAAGCAACUGACAGAUUAUGAUUGUCUUUUUGGAAAUGAAGUUGGAUACUUCGUUGGUACAUUCCUCAAGAAAUCCACUGUUUCUUAUAAAGAUUUCAAGAUUAUUGACUUCACUACUAGGAUGAUGAGGAAUUGCUUAAAAGUGAAUGCUGUUUAUAAAAAUAAAAAUUUGCUUUUGUUUAAUUCCCAUCUUGAAAGCACUGCUGAAGGAGCUGAUGAGAGAAAAAUACAAUUAAAGCAAAUGUUCAAAGAAGUUUUGAUCUCUCCUAAUGAUACUACUGUAAUAUUUGCUGGCGAUUUAAAUCUCAGAGAUAAGGAGUUAAAUGAAUGGGGUGGAUUGCCAGCUGGCAUAGAUGAUCUAUGGAUAACUUGUGGACGCCGAAAAGAAUGUGCCUACACUUUUGAUAUGACUCGAAAUGAUAACCUCAUUAUAAACGCAAAGUUCAAGCCUAGAUGUAGAUUUGAUAGAGUUUAUGUUCGGCAUUCCUCUCCUCGUCAGCUAAAGCCUUCAUAUUUUGGGCUAAUAGGACUUGAACGAUUAUACCCUCACCGAUGCUUUCCAAGUGAUCAUUGGGGAAUAUUGAGUCAUUUUGAAAUGGAGUAGAAUGGAAUGCAACAGUCAAUACUACCUCCCGGUUUCCUUUUCACUCCAUUUUCUUUUCGCUUUUAGAAUUGUAUUAUAGAAUAUCAAAAUUUUGUAUAUUUUUUUUUAUUUUUGAGUUCAAUAAAAAGAACUUUUAUAGGCUU